AUGGGGAUUUUCGACAUAGUCCAAGAUGAGGUCCCUGUACGAAAUACGCAGCAAGGCUCAAUUAUAAUCGUGCCCGAUCCAGGGUUUUGUGUAAAGUUGAAGUCUAAAAAUCAGGAAAAAGUGUUUGUGAAUUUAUGUACCUCUGAUAAAGUCCCAGUUCCGAAGGAUCUAAGUGAAGAGGAAUUAAGAUCAAUCCUUAAUGAUAUCGACAACUCCCCACCCUUCAAAGUCCCAAUGUGCAUAGGAGAACCGCACGCUGAGACUGACUCAGCUCAGAAAGGCUGUACCGCUUAUGAUGUAAUAAUCAACCCACAAUUCUACCAAAAAGUCAAAUCAUCAGAAUUGUUUGAGGCAUUUUUGAUGACAGUGAUAUUCGAAGGCUUGGAAAAUAAGUAUGGCAUCGAACUUGAAAGAAGUUGGAUUGUUUUAAAGAAUAAGAAAUGUAUGGGUAAACCACAAGAACAAUGUAUUCGAACUUCUAGUCGUCCUGCGAUUAUUGAAAUGAAUGAUUCUCAACCACCCAAACCAAAAGUGAUAGAGUUACCUGAUCCACCUUUUAAAGGUGAUACUCCCAAGUACGAAAUAGUAAAGGUUAAGGAUGAUGUUAGUGGAGAAGUGCGUUGCUUAAUUGCACGAAUAAUCAUGCCAAAGCUGAUUUCUAGUGAUGGAUUAGAUCUACAAGUUGGUAAUGAUCUCCUUCAAUUAAAUAGUCGUGGUCAGAUUUACUCACUGGAGUUACCACUGGAUACGCUUGUCAAUGAAGAAACAACUGUAGCUGAAUUUAAUCGAAAUACAAAAAUAUUAACAGUCACAAUGCCGGUGUCAACUGUUCAGGGAUGA